UAUAUAUGUAUACUGUUUGUUGUAUAAUAAAGAAAAACAAAAAUCUUAGGAGAUAACCAAUAACGAAUUUCCAGAAAGCAGAUAAAUAUGGAAUAUUAUUCGCAAGAAAUAUUCUUCAUGAAAUAUAUACAUAUAUUAAAGAAUGACAUAUAUAUUAUAUACUGAUGUCUGAUUAUAAAAUAUUGAACAAGUGUUAUAAAAUAAAAUGUUGUAAUCUGUGUUGACAAUCGCCGACGUUCUGAGUUCUGAAAACCAUCGAACAGACGUUAGGGAUGGAGGGCCCAGGUCUGAGCUUGUUCCAAGGCUCAGAAAGUAUACGAUUAAAUACAAGUACACAAGGCUUAGAAGAGGAUGAAGAACAAGAAGAUAUCAAGCGACGUAAUAAGGAGAUCAAAGAUCUCCUGACUAAUGCGUUCAAUGACUUGGAGGAAGAUGAUGACAUUAGUUCUGUGAAUAGCAGUCAUUAUAGAGAUAGUACUAAAGAAGUAGACGAUUCGAAUACAGGGAUAAAUUCCUGUAUUCAACAAGCUGCGUCUCCUAAUCGCCAGACUGUAUUACAGUUUCAAAAAGAAUUUGGGCUCUAUGAUCAUGUUGAAAAUUCAAACAACUAUGAUAAUGCUAUGACAAAUCAUAGAUCAGAGUUAGAAAUUAGACCUUCGAUAUCUGAUAUACAGAGAGAUUUCGAUGUAUACGAUCAAACAGAUACGCCGUAUUCUAAAAGUAACAGGAGUAACGACAGCCAUAGUAUUGUUGCAGAAACACCACACGAAUCAACAAGACCACCAAAUUCGGGAUUUACUAGAGAUUUAAGAUCUCAAGCCGACGAAGAAUAUACGUUUAACGAAAAUUAUCCAUAUAAUUAUCAAACACCAGCUAAUCAUUACGAUGCUCAAAAUAAAGCUUAUUCAAAUAAUGGUUAUAUCGACGGUUAUGAAAAUAAUGUACAAUGUAAACAAAUUCGUGAUUUCGGAGGUGAAGAUAAUAUUACUUCCGAUCAUUUAAAUCACUGUUACAAGUCAAGUCCGAAUGGUAGGCCGCAGGACAACAGUGUAGCUUAUAAAACUGCUGAAUAUGAAAGUAAAGAACAAUUGGAAGUUUUAUAUACGGUUCGAAUGAGAGAGAUUAAAAGAUUAACGGAAGAAAUGCAACAACUACAAUUGGAGAAGGAGGAAGAGAAAAAUCAGCUUAGCAGAAGAAUUACACUUUUACAAGCGGAAAUUGACAGAUCGAGCAUGUCAAGAAAUCAAACGCAGCAUGCUUUGGUUGAUGCGAAAGCAGAAAUCGUCGAUCUUUACAAUCAAAUAACAUCGUUGAAAGAAAAAAAUGCAGUUUUAGAAAAAGCUAAUGAAAACACAACAGUGGAACUGAAUGUUGCAAGAAAUUCUGUGAUAGAAUUGCAACAGAAGAUAUCUGUAUUAGAAAGAGUACAGGCAUUACAAUCGAACGACAAGACGCAAGAGAAAUUUUUAAAACAGGCGCAAGAGAAACACGCAGUUGAAAUGAGAAAUAUGCAAACUCAAAUAAAUGUCCUUACGGACAAGCUUAACGCAAAGCUGCUCAAUGUGGAUACCAAGACUCAUUGUACAUGGGAAACGUCAUACGUUGCUUUGGAAAAUAAAUUAGUCGAUGUGAGAAGAGCACACGAGAUGCUUAUGGUGGAGAAAGGGGAUACUAUGAAUCGUCUAGCACAAGCGUUAGAAGAAAGCCAAGCACAAUGUCACAACCUCAUGGCCACAAAUAAUACUCAACAGUUAAUGCAAUUUCAAGCACAGAUUAAGAUUCUGACGCAAGAAAAGGAAGAGAUGCAAAAAUUGGUUCAAGAAUUACAGAAUAAAUUGGAAGUGGCAAGAGGCGAUGUAGUACAAUAUGAUUCGUUGCUAACAACAACGUUAGAGGAAGAAUCUGAUUCUAUUAGACAAAUGAAAUUAGGUGAUCUUCACAAUAGAUCAAAAUCAAAGCCAUCCGAUGAUAUGAUAAAUAAAUUAAGGGGGGAAUUACAAAGGUGUUUAGCUGGGCAUGCUGUUAAAAGAAAGGAAAUAACUCGAUUAGAGAAUACUUUGUCGCAGAAGGAAAAAGAAGUUGAGAAAGCUUUAACGAUAGCUGAUACGUGCAGGCAAGAAGCGGCACGAUACGCUAAACGCGUUAACGAGUUGGAGCAAGAACUUAAAUCUGUACUCACAGAUCAAGCUAUAAAAGCGAAUGCUCAAAUACAAAAAUUAUCCGAUCACUUAAACGAUGUAAAAAAACAACACGAAUUAUUGCGAGAGGAAAAAAUCGGAUUAGAGCAAAAGCUUGAAGAAACAUUGGCAAUCAAUGAGGAGACGCUUAAAAAGUUACACCAGGAAAGUAUAAAUCAACAAGCAAAAGACACCAUCAAUGAGUACAAUAAAGAGUAUUUAGAAAUACAUGCUAAGUCGGUAGAGAAAGUUCGACAAGAAGCACAAAUUGAAAUAGUGCAAUUAUCCGUGCAAUUAGAACAAACGCAAAAAGAGUUGGAUCGUGUUAAGGAAUUGUAUAUAGACGUCUGUAGUACAAAGGAACAGUUAAUAAGUGAACACAAGUCUGAAAUCAAAAUGUUAAAAGAGAAAUAUACUACGCUAGAAGAACGUGAAAAGGACAUUGAGAAAUAUAAACAUGACUUACAGGUACAAAUAAAAAUAGCAGAAAGAUUAACAGAAGAAUGUGACGCGUAUAAAGUUAAAGUAAUCGAAUUAGAAAAAGAUUUGAAUUACGAAAGAAAGAAAAAGGAAGAGUACACAAAGAAAAUUCAUCAAGAAAUUGAAAGAGCUAAAGAGGAAGCGUUAAAAGAAUUACGCAAUGCUCAUCCUAAUCAAGAAAUAAGUGUUCUUUUGCCAGAUCAUUGUUCUGAACAUUUAGAAAAAAUUAAUCAGCUAGAAGAAGACUGUACACGUCUAGAGGAAAAAUUGCAUGCUGCAGUCGAUGAACAUAAAAAAAUGUCGGAAUAUCAAUCUGAAUUAGACGAUAGUAGAUUAAAAAUAGCGCAAAUAGAAAUAUCUCAAGAGUCAUGGAAAAAGAAAUACGAAAAUGCAAUUAGCGAGAAGAAUGAUCUAGUUACUAAAAUUUCUCGGCUCGAUUCUGAAUUAUCGAAUAUUAAGCGAAAUUCGAAAAUGGAGGAUUCCGACGAUGUAAAACUGAAAGUAGCUCGAUAUCAAGUAGAAAAUGAAGCUUUAAAAAAUAAAUGUGAAAAUUUAUAUAGCGAAAGAAAUAUUUAUAAGGAUAAAAUUUCACAGUUGGAGGCAGAAUUGUCAGAAACGAAGAAAAUAAUUGGAAAUUUUGAAAGUAGAUUCAAAAAAAGUAACGAAGUGUCUUCGAAAUGUGAACCGGAGAAAGAACUCGCUCAUUACAAAGAUUUGGUGGCGCAAUUAAGUAGUAAAAUAAAUAUUUUAAAAGCUGGAAGAAAGAGCGAUCUGGUUAUGGAGCAAAGAAUCAAACAAUUGGAAAAAGAUUUACAAGGGAAGGACGAGAAAUUGGAAAGAUUAAAAGACUUCGAAAAAAUAAAAGAUGAGAGGGAACAACUUGUCAUAAAAUUGAAAAAUCAAGCCAAGCAGUUUGAACAAUAUGUUAAAAAUCAAAAGCAAGUAUCUGCAGAAUUGAAUUUGUCACCGCGCAGUUCGAGCGAUGGUACAGAUUUUCAAAAGUUAAAAGAAAUUAUGAUAAAAGAGGUGCGCGAAGAGAUGGAACAAAAAGUAGUCGAAGAACUUAGGGGCAUUGAGGAACAGCAUCGAGAGAAGAGAAAGGAACUAGAAGAAAGGUAUAAGACAGUUUUAUUGGAACUACAAACCAGAUGUAAUGAAAAGGCGCAGGAAGUGGAAACUUUGAAAGAAGCUAUGCUCUCGGAAAAGGUAAAAAUUCAUUCGUCUUUCAAAGCAAAGGAGCAAUUUGUUAGUCAAAUGAUUGAAACAAAACUUGAAACUUACUACAAAGAAUUGGUAGCUCGAAAGUUGAAAAUCGAACAGUUACAGGAAGAAUUAAAUCAAAAAGAAAAUGAUGUGGAGGAGGAGAGAAAUUUAAUGGCCCAGGUAAUGACUAAAUGGGCUACAGAGAUUAGGGAAAUAAAAGAUAAAGAAGUGGAAAUGAAUGCUAAAUUACAACAAUUAAAGGAAAGUGAAGAGAAUUUGAAAGUGGAAAUGGACACACUGAAAGACAAGGAGAAAGAAAUGAAAAAUAAUAUUGAUGUAUUAAAACAUAAGUAUCAGUCGGCAAAGAAGACAGCGAAUAAUUACAAGGAGCAUGCGGAAAAUAAAGAAAAAUUCUUAUUAAGCGAAUGUAAACGUAUAGAAGAAGGGUACAAAAGAGCCAUGAAUCAAGUACAACAAAAACUUGACGCAAUCGUUAGUACUCAAGAAGAACAAGUAGCGACAAAGCUUAAAGAACUUGAAUGUCAGUAUACAGAAAGGAUAGAACAAAUGCGACUUACACUGAAGUACAAAAGUAAAUGUUGAGAUAUGUAUUAAUAUUUUAGUAUGCAAUAUAGCUUUCGUAGUUUAAAAGCAAAACGUAGUUAGAAGAGGCUAGAUAUUUUUUAAUUUAAAGCACUUUAUUGUACAACACUGUAUUAGAAGAUUUUUAUUUUA